CAUCCUGGGAGCUGUCCCAGAUCUCCAGGGGGUUGUCCCAGAUCUCCAGGGGAUUGUCCCAGAUCUCCAGGGGGUUGUCCCAGAGCUCCAUCAGGACUUUGUGACCUCCUGACCUCUCCCACAGACCUGGUCCCCAAGCCCCACGUGACGGCCACCACCACCGGCGACCCCGGUCAGUGCAAGGUCAGCCUGAGGUGCUCCGUGGACCUCCAGGAGGUCACCUACGAGUGGAUCCCACCCCAGAGGGUCCUGGUGGAGGACGGCCCCGUCCUGAACAUCUCCUUCAGCCCCGAGGGGGAAACCUUCACCUGCAAGGUCAGCAACGCCGUGUCCUCCAACAACGCCUCGCUGACCCUCCGGCAGCCCUGCGGCUGGACAGGUACGGACACAGCUGGACAUGACUCCGGACACGGCCGGACAUGGCCGGACAUGGCCGGACACGGUCAGACAUGGUCAGACAUGGUCGGACAUGGCCGGACACGGUCAGACAUGGUUGGACACGGCUGGACAUGGCCGGACACGGUCAGACAUGGUCGGACAUGGUCGGACAUGACCGGACAUGGCCGGACACAGUCAGACACGGCUGGACAUGACUGGACAUGGUUGGACAAGGCCGGACACGGCUCUGGACACGGCCAGACAUGGCUGGACAUGGCUGGACACAGCUGGACAUGGUCGGACAUGGUCGGACAUGACCGGACAUAGUUGGACACAGCUGGACACGGCUCUGGACACGGCUGGACACGAUCGGACAUGGCUGGACAUGGCCAGACAUGGCUGGACAU